AUGGCUUUAAGUCUCCUGCCGCGAGAGGACGGGCUGGUAAGCUUCCAAGUGCCCAAAGCCAGCCAAGCAUGCAUCAGCUGUCGUAAGCAAAAGAGGAAAUGCGACAAAACCGUCCCAACAUGUGGCCUUUGUGCCCGUAUGAACCGUCAAUGCGACUACAGCGACUCACCAUCAGCACCCACAGCAAAUGAUGUAGCGGCAUUACAAGUCCGUCUCGCGGAGCUCGAGAACCGGCUCGCCUUGGCCAGUAGUGGUGGUGGCAGUGGUGGCGGUAACAAGGAAACCACCAGUUCAAACUCAUCCCCCAGCAACAACAUCUGCGGCCCAGAGACCAGCAACAACAACCACACUGCCUCCCAGCACCAAGCAGCACCACCCGCCACCGUGAUCAACUCCCGCGGCCCCCUCUGGCUCCCAGCCAGCGGCGGCUCCGCCUCCUCCAACAACCGCUUCCCCUCCGCCCUCCUCCUCAACAUCGACGUCUUCAAAUGGGCCCAACUCUCCAUCCCUUCUCCGCCCGUCGCCGUUCCCCGCGCCGUCUAUGACAUUCUCAGCCGGGGAAACACAGUCCAAGACUGUACAGCCGAGUACUUCGACACCAUACACCGCUGGUUUCCCUUUAUUUCCAAGAAACGGAUGGCGCUAGGGCACACGCUCUGGGAAGCCGGGCCGGACUUGGCCAUGUUGAUUUUGAGUAUGAAGCUUAUCGUGACGUUGCCGCAGGAGGGCAGCAGCAUCGAAGAAGCCCCGGCGGCGGCGGAUAAUGAGCUGUAUAUGGCGGCGAAAGGAAUGCUGGCGAUGUUGGAGAGUGCAGGGUGUGUGAGUCUGCUGUAUCUGCAGGCGAUGGUGCUGGUUGCGGUGUAUGAGUAUGGCCAGGGCAUCAUGCCAGCGGCGUGGAUGAGCGUGGCGGGGUGUGCGAGGUAUGCGGAGAUGUGUGGGUUGCCCGGGUUAAAGGAGAGUUCGGCGGUUUUGGGUGCUGUGACAACUUGGACUGAGUCUGAGGAACGGAGACGGGUCUGGUGGGCUAUCUACAUCCUGGAUAGGGUGAUCUGUCUUGGAAACAAGAAGCGGUUUGUGAUGCCGGAGCCGGAGAAGCACUAUCUUUUGCCUGUGGAUGAUGAUGCCUGGGACAACGGGGAUCCAGGCCGUGCCCUCAGCGCAGGAAUCACCAUACCUCUCGAGCAACCACAAGGUCGAUUCGCCCGUCUAGUCCAAUCAUCCAUGCUCGUCAGCAGAACCAUUACCCACGUCCGCACCACCCUACGCAAUCAACAACUAGGAGUAGGAGACAACGGCGACCCCUUCGACAUCAACGAAGUCGACGACCUCAUCAACACCCUCGCCACCUUCAGCACCCUCAUCCAACAAGAACUCCUCCCCAGUCUCAACAGCUUAGCACGCACCCAGUCCAACACAGGAUCAACUUCAUCAGCCUCCCCACCACCACCACUACCACCGCCGCCGCCGCACUGGCACUUCCUAACCUCCUCCUCCAUCCCGCUUAACCCUCCCUACCACAAUCACAGCCACUUCUCCUCCGCCACCCCUUCCUCUCCUCCCUUCACUUUCACUUCCUCCCUAUCUCCCCAACUCCAACCCCUAAACCCCCACUCCCUGCCUCCCUUAAGUCUAGCCCAGUCCGCUCUCUUCCUUCUCUACGACAUCCACUGCUGUCCCGAGAACCUCCUCGACGGGUCUGGGGCCAGAGGAUUCGAGAACCUCCAACCUAAGACAGCCAACCAACACGCCUUUCAAGUGCGGGCAGUGGCUGGGCUGCGCUCGCUUUCCUCUGGGGCUGUGAGGGAGUUAUGCAUGGAAUUGCUAGAUGCCGUCAUGUUACCGCAGGGGUUGGCAAAAGUGAGCCCGUUGUGUUUGGAUUCUUUGUAUAGCGGGCUGGCGAUGUUGAGGUGGUUGUGGAAGGAGGGGGGUGAUGAUGGUGGGACUGGAUCUGGGACUGGGACUGGGUCUGCCCCUGGGAAGGAUGGGUCUCUAGGGGAAGCAGGAGGGGCAGGAGUGGGAGUGAUGCAGGCGGCGGAAGAUGUGGGGAGGUGUUUGGGUAGGUUGGGCAGUAGGUGGAGGUUGGCGGAGGAGUAUUUGGGCUUGGUUGGGUUUCAUGAUGUGAGCGUUGCGAUGGCUUGA